CGGUUCGUGAAGAAAAAGGAAUUUGAACUACAAAAGGAACUUCAAAAACAAUGGAGCUCCAUCAAAGCAUCCAUGUUCUCAUGGCCUCAGCCGCCUUACAAGGCCAUCUAAACCCCAUGCUCAAGUUCGCCAAAUGCCUCAUCUCAAAGGGCAUUCAUGUCACCAUUGCCACGGGCGAGAUAGCACGCCACCGUAUGCUCAAACACACGACCACCGCCGAUCGCGCCGACCCAUCAAUCCAAUUCGAGUUCUUCUCCGAUGGAUUCGAUCUCGAAUUUGACACGAACACCGAUUAUGAUAGUUGGAUCAACGCUCUAAGCACUAAAGGUAGUAAGAAUCUCUCAAAUCUCAUUGCUAAAUUAUCCCAACGCACAAAAUUCUCGUGCCUAAUCCUAAAUCAAUUCGUGCCUUGGUUCGUACCCAUUGCCAAAGAAAACAACCUCCCUUGCGCUGUGCUUUGGAUCCAGCCUUGCGCUCUCUACUCCAUCUACUAUCGUUUCUUCAACAAACUCAAUGAGUUCGCCAUUUUACAAAACAAGAACCAGCCUCUCCAAUUACCCGGCUUGCCAUUACUCAACUUCGAAGACCUCCCUACCUUCAUCCACCCCAACGCUUAUCUUUGCUUCCAAAAACUCCUCUCAGAUUUUUUCAGCUUUUUGGAUGAGGUGAAGUGGGUUUUGGGGACUUCGUUCGACGAGCUGGAGGAGGAGGUUUUGGGGUCCAUGAAUGGUGGGGUUGUUCGGCCGACGAUAUCGCCAAUCGGGCCAUUAGUAUCGCCAUUUUUGCUUGGGAAGGAGGAGCAAGUGGGGGAGGGUGGGCUAAGCGUAGACAUGUGGAAGGCGGAUGAUUCUUGCCUGCAAUGGCUGGAUGGGCGGGACAUGGGGUCAGUUGUAUAUGUGUCGUUUGGGAGUAUUAUUGUUUUGUCUCAAGAGCAAGUUGACAAUAUUGCUAAUGGGUUGUUGAUGAGUGGGAAGGCGUUUCUUUGGGUGUUCAAGCGACCGUCGCCUGAGGAAUCUACUGAGGGUUGCACUGUUCGGCUGCCGGAUGGGUUUCUUGAGGCUGCUGGUGGGAGGGGGCUCGUCGUGAAUUGGUGCUCUCAAGAACAGGUUCUGAAGCACAAAGCAGUGGGUUGCUUCAUGACUCAUUGUGGGUGGAACUCAACGCUAGAGACGGUGGUGGCCGGGGUUCCAGUGAUAGCAUUUCCGGAGUGGACGGAUCAACCUACGAAUGCCAAAUUGUUGACAGAUGUUUUCAAGAUGGGUGUGAGAAUAAGGAAGGGAGAUGAGGGAAUUGUUAGUUCAAAAGAGGUGGAGAGAUGCAUAUGGGAGAUGACCGACGGCCCGAACGCGACGGCAAUGGCGAAAAGGGCUGCUGAGCUGAUGGAGGCGGGGAAAAGAGCGGUGGAGGACGGUGGUUCUUCUCACCGGAAUCUUGAUCUGUUCAUUGCUGACAUUGUUGGCAAAAAAGGGACUAAAAUGGAUGCAAAUAGGGUUUAUGAGAUCGCAUGA